CGAGGAACCUCGAUGAGCGCGCAGGGUUUCCUAGCGACACGAGCCGUCUGCUCGCGCAUAUACCCCCGCCGCGCGCACGCAUCGCACGCGAGACGCGUCGUCGCCAUGGCCGCGACGACGGAGCCGCGGACGUCCAUCGCGGAGCUCCUCUCGAGCUGCGUCGACGCCGCGAGAAAAGGAUGCGACGAGAUCCGCGCGGUGCAAGAGCGCCGAGCCGCGAGCGGCGCGCUCGCGUCCACGCGCAAGGACGCGGACGACCCGCGAAGCGCGCUCACGGAGGCGGACACGAACGCGCAGCGCGCGAUAGUGAACGCGCUGAAGGCGACGUGGCCGACGCUGAACAUCGUCGGCGAAGAAGAGGACGAGCCUCUCGAUCCUUCGCUCGCGCGUCAACUGAAGAAGGACGUCUGCGACGUCUCUUCGUCGCCUCCCAUCGCGUCGUGGACCGAGCCCACGAGUUCGCUCACCGUGUUCGUGGACCCCGUGGACGGCACGAGGGAGUUCGUGGAAGGGCGGCUGGAGGCGGUGCAGUGCCUCAUCGGCGUCGCGUUUCGCGGCAGAGCCGUCGGUGGCGUCGUCGGUCUGCCGUUCCCGGAAAACGCGGAGGAACCGAUCAUCGUGUGGGGCGUCGCGCAGCCCGGGGCGACGUCCGGGGUAUCGGGCGCGAUCGGCGGCGGCGCGACCGACGUCCCGCAGCGCGCGCGGCUUUCGGACGCGAACGAUGGUUUGAUUUGCGUCACCGGCGACUCGAAGAACGAGAGCCUCGCGGCGGCGAGGGAAUCCGUGCGCGCGGCGGCCGACGUCGUGAUCGGCGGCGCGGGGAACAAGAUCCUCGCGCUCGCGGACGGACGCGCGGACGUCGCGCUGAUGCACUUCGGGACGAGUCUGUGGGACACGUGCGCGCCGGAGGCGGUGCUGCGCGCGCGGGGAGGCAAGAUCACGGACCUUCUCGGCGCGCCUCUCGUGCACGACCCGUCGCGACCGGGGGGGUUGAUCAACGACCUCGGCGUGCUCGCGACGUCCGCGAACGCGUCGAAAAUCGACCCGGACGGGCGGGACCACGCCGCGCUCGCGGCGACGAUGCGCGCGGACCCGCGACUGCGGACGUUGUUGAAGCGAUACGUCGGCGAGGUCGACUCGGGGGGGAGCGAAGGCGCCGGCGCGCGGGCGAGCGACAUCGCGCGGUGUCUUCGAGGCGCCCCCGUCGCCGCGUCUUGGGUCGGCGAGAGGAUCGUGUCCACGCUGUGCGGCGAGACCGCAGACGGCGAGGACGCGCCCUUCACGCUCGCUGGGUACGUCGCCCCGGAAGAGGGCGCGUUCAGAGGGUUGAUGUCCGACGCGUGCCGCUUAGAGCUUCACUGGGAAGGCGGCGACGCCGCGUCGGGGGGGAUGCCGGCGACGGCGUUUUAUAAGAAGGUCGUCCUCGGCGACCUCGAUCACGCGCGCACGAAAGCGAAGACCGCGCCUCUGAAGCUCUCGAGGGACGUCGGGUCCGCCGCGGUCGAGGCCGGGUUCCUCGCGUGUCCGUCCGUCCUCGCGGCGUUGAACGACGCGGGCGUGCGCGUGCCGCGAUGCUUCGACGCGGAUUUGCGCCCGUGCGACGACGACCUGAUCGAAUCGAAAUUCGCGCUCCUUCUCGAGGACUUCGCCCCGGCGCAAGGGUGGAAGCAAGAGCGGCUUCUGACGCCGUCGCAGGCGAGGGCGUCGCUCACCGCGCUCGCGAAGAUGCACGCGACGUUCAUGCCCGCGGCCGCCGCCGCUCGCGUCGGCGUCGACGGCGACGUCGGCGAGGACGAACUCCUGAGCGCGGUGACGGGCGCGGUGUGGCCGUCGGGGGCGUACUGGCAACCGGACAUGCAACCCGCGGAGCAGAUGACGACGCUGAAGUCGAUAUGGAACGACACGCACUUGCCCGCGUUUAAAGACGCGUUUAAGGAGAGGCUCCCGGAGCUCGGCGCGGACGUCGACACGAUCGGCGAGCGGUUACAAGACGUCGCGGUCGACGUCGGGGCGGCGUCGCACCCGUUCGGUCCCGGACAGGCCGUCCCGGAGUGGGCGCAGAAGUGGAAAACCUUGAUCCACGGCGACGCGAAGUCCGCGAACAUCUUCCUGCGCGAAGACGCGAGCGCGCCGGAAGGGUGGGAGGUCGGGUUGAUCGAUUUUCAGUGGAUGGGGUUCGGUCUCGGCGCCGUCGACGCCGCGCACGUGCUCCUCGCGUCCGUGGACCCGCAGACGUUGGGAUACGCCGCCGAUGACAUCGCCCACACGGACCCGGACGCUCCCGUGAAGUUGAUGGAUCACUACCACGUGCAGCUGUGCGAGGCGCUCGCUGCGAACGGCGCGGCGGCGUCUGCGGAGAAGGCUGCAAACAUUUGGACGCGCGAGGAGACGCAGCGGCAAUACGAAGCCGCCGUGCUUGACUUUUGCCGGGUCAUAUUCGCGUAUCAAUGGGUUCGUGUGAAAGCAUCACCGCAGUCGUUGAAAGAGAACGAGAGCUCGAUGAACAAGAACUCGUACAACAAGUCGAUCGCGAACGCGAUGUGGGUCGUGAAGGAGUGCGAUGCAGUGUUAAAGAAGAGAGCAGCGGCGUAA